CCAAGCAUCAAUUCGCGACAUGAACUGUGUUCAGCUUUGAUAUCAACAGUACAAUCUCUUUCUUCAAUCAGGUUGUUUCAGCUAAUCUUUUGCCGCAUAGUCUGCCCUAGCUGACGCUGUGCAGAGAAUACUACGAUUGGAAACGGUUGGUUCGACGCGUUCGCACUGCACAAGAAAACAAGAUGGAUCGUAGUGAUGAGAGAAUCAGAAGAGCUUUAAGGCGCCGCCCUUAUGUGUUGAAUCCAGUGAGGGUGAACUCCCCUGAUUCUGUGAUGUGGCCAACCGGUAAGGUGCACAGAAGACCAAGGCCUUCUACUUCAGCGCAGACCCCUCAGAUCCACAAAAGGCCUCCAAUCAUUGAGAACUGUGGGCAGGAACAGACAUCUGGGGAUGGACGGGACAUGAAUUCAGAGCCUCUCAGCCAGUCUGGAAGGGUGACUCGGCUGAUGGAGAGAAAUUAUGAUGGGGUGAUCUCAUCCUCCAACUCUGAUGACAUCUCUAUCUACUCCUUCACUGACUGUGAAUCUGAGAGCCCAGGGAAAGUCUCUGGUCCUGUGUCUGGCCUCUCUCCUCUUGUGACCUCAGCACCCCGGACCCUGGCUGAAGCCCUACAAGCCCUGCCCUCUGCUGUGGCCCGUCCCUCCCAAAAGGAUGUCCCAAAGCCUCCGACACCUCCAAGCCCUGUCUCUGUCAUUGUUGCUUCGCCUGCUGUGGAGUACUUACCAUACCACCGCAGCCCUCGCCUGGCCCCAAUCACCAACCUGAGUGAGAACGGCAGGAAGCUGCUCCAGAAAAUGUCAGGAGUGACGCCACAGGAAAGGAAGGUCAAAAGGAAAAAGACCAAGGGAAAAAAGCAAGUGAAGAAAGAGAAGGCCAGUAAGAUGCAGCAGGUGGAAAAUGUUGGAGAACGUAAGGAGGACAAGAAAGAGGAAAAGAAGAGUCUGAGGAAGAGGUUUCUCCAGUGGCUGCUGCCCAAACUGAGAUGUUCGAAGAAAUAAUGGCCAACUACUACAACAACACACACACACAUACUAUUGAUAUUGGUCUCAUUGUUAUAUUUUGAGACAUGCACCAUUCUUUAAAAAAUUAAAAAGACCCAAUAAUUAUAUUGGUUCCCAUACAGCCUACUAGGGUAGCGUAUGAUAAUGGGUUGGAUUUACAUAGCGUGUAGUUAUCAGGCUUGGAAAUAUAGCCAGGAGAUGCAGGGUCAACACCCCUACUCAUGUCAUAAGUGCCAUGAGAUGUUUAGUGACCACAGAGAGAUAGGACCUCUGUGUGCACAGUCUCAUCCGAAGGACAGCACCGGCCGCAGGGCAGUGUCUGGCAUUGGGCUCUUAGGUCUUCUUUGGCCAAAGGGAAGUGAAGAGGGCCAGUAUGAGAGAGCAAGAACUUUCUUAGCAGAUAAUGAUAACAUGACAACAGUAGCUGUAGAUGAUGUAAUGAAAAGUUGUAGGGUGGUUGGUAAUGGAGAACAUCAGGUGGAUCCACGUCUUGGUGUUGGGCAGGACCCCUAGCUCCUGCAGAACAGGAGCAGAGUUAAAGGGAACAGGGUAGGAGACAGAGACGUAAACACUCCGGUAGCUCUCCUUCUGUUUCUCCUGCGCCUUGUCCAUGUUCUGUCUCACCUUGAUUGAUGACAGGAAUACAUGCAAUUAUAUUUCAUAUUACAAAUACAUUUCUUACAUAUCUCUUGGAGGGACAGAAAAUAAAUGAACAGAGGACAAUCAUUUUUACCUGGUCAAAAACCUCCACGUCCUUCUCAGUCUGUGCCUGAAGGUAGUACUCAAAGGUGUUCUGAUCUGGUUCGACAACUUCCACCACAUCAGGUGGGGUUUCAGUGAUCUGAAAGUACGUUAUGCAAAAAUAGCAAUAGACAAACACUAAGUCAAUCCCAAUUUUGAAAGACUACAGUAUAUGCAAUAAUUGUAUAUACAAUUCCAUUGUUUACCUCAGUCAACAGCUGCGGCUCCCGUCCAUACUCAGCCUGGAUGCUGCUGUUGUGUGCAAAGAGAAUUACCUUCAGGUUGUUCUCCCACCCUUCCUGAUACCAAUCAAGGGACUUGCCCAUGGCAGUCUUGAGGUUCUGGUUGGUCCAUUUACUAAGGGUUUUGAAAAAUGUUGUUUUAAUCUAGGUUGUAUAAAUCAAGAGUACCAAGAGAUUUGUCUACUGUAUGGGUAAAAAAACACAAAGUACAAAACACACAAGCCAAAAGGAGGUCUUACAAUCAACUGACAAUCAAAGCUUUCUUGCAUUGAUUUGACCUUGAACAUUCAGAGCCUGCUUGUGUAUUCAAACCAAAAACAUCUGUGAAGAAAAAGUGGACCUUCAAGUACUGCCUCAAAUCACUUGUCCAAGCAUAUUGCAUCUCAAUGUAUAACAUGAGACAGAAAACACAUUGAAUGAAAACUAUGGGCUCGAUUAAAUCUGUAUCGCCGAUGUUCAGAGCUA